UUCCUUGGAGCAACUGUUGUCACUUUCAGGGCUUAGCGCCCGUCUGUCGAAUCCCACACACGCCCAUAGUCGCCAAUCCCAAACAGCUCUCGACUUGUCCUUCUGCCGUCUUGCUCCCGUUUGACCUUUUUAUCUUCCCAUCAAUCCAGCCGCUUCCUAUAUUUCGUGUCAUCCGUAUCUCCCCACCCUUUUGUCGACCCUUCGCGGCGCGUUCCGUUGUUGGACAUCGUUGCCUCCGACCUGUGUCUCUCCGGGUAGCCCCCGAACUUUGUCGCAACCUCCGCAAGUCGUGACACGACAUCGGCCGACCUCACACGACGGCUCACUUCUCUUCCAUAAGUCGCAGUAUUAAUCGACAUAACCGCCGCUUCCUACGAACCUCGAUCGACCCCCGCUACACUUUCAGGAAAGGAACCCCCACAACCCCCCUCUCCAGGACAUGCCGACCUCGUCCUUGUCGCCCUCAUGAUCUCCCUCGCCGUCCGCUCCAUUCGCGGAGCCGUCGCCCGUCUCUCCCCAGCCUCAUACCACUACUCCUCGCUGUCCGAUUCAAACGCCCAUUCCGAGCCCGCCUCGCCUGGCGGAUCCAGUCCCGUCGCGGCAUCAAAGCCCUUCCUCGCGAGACUGACGGCUAUCCUCUUCUUCCUGCUGCCAUCCUUCGUCCAGCGCCGACUUCGACCCCACGACUUCAAGCACCGCCGUCUGUACCCAACAUCCUGGCUGGAUGGCCUGCGCGGUAUCGCCUCUUUCAUUGUUUUCUUCUGUCACUUUACAGAAGGUCAUUUUGGCUGGUAUACCGCGAGGUCAUAUGGCGACCCCGAUGAAAACGACCACGUCGCUUCCUCCCCUCUGCAACUCCCUUUCCUACGCGUCAUCUACAGCGGCCGCCCCAUGGUGCAUAUCUUCUUCGUCAUCUCGGGCUUCGUCCUUUCUCUCAAGUCGUUAAAGCUGGCAAGGAAGCAUGACUACGAUGGACUGCACCGUACCCUCUCGAGCAGUAUCUUCCGCCGUGGCUUUCGCUUGUUCCUGCCUACUGCUGCUUCGACUUUUAUCGUCUUGGUCACAAUCCGCCUGGGAUGGGUCGGAGAGCCACUCCCAACAUUGUGGGACCAGUUGGUGGAUUGGAAGAACGCUGUGUGGAGGAUUACCUUCAGUUGGGAGUGGGAUAUGACCCAGUUUCUCCCCUAUGACACCCAUCUCUGGACCAUCCCUAUCGAGUUCUCUCACUCGCUGUUGCUUUUUGUUGUACUGACGGGUGUAAGCCGCAUGAAGACGUACUUGCGCCUCGCGUCCGUUUUCGCCAUCAUGAUUUACUGCCUCAAGUGUGGCCACUGGGCCGGUUUUGAGUUCUUGGGUGGCAUGGCUCUCGCGGAAAUUGGCCUUAUCCAAGAAGCUCGCCGCGAGCGAGCCACGGCUGCUGCCGUUUACAACAAGGAGGCAUCUGACAUGGAGGAGGCCUCCGUCGCGUCGGACCCGCCCUCGAGCUCUAUGGCGACACGCUUGUUCAAGACAUUCCUCAUCGGCAACCUCAUCUUCGCCCUCUUCGUCGCUGGAUGGCCAAACCAAAAGGCCGACACCACCCCGGGAUUGGCACCUCUUUGGCGCAACACCAUGGAACCCUUCUUCACCAUGGGCGGCGACCUCGUCUCAUUCCCCUGGUACGCCCUUGGCGCUGUACAAAUUGUCGCCACGCUGCAGCAGAUCAAGACGUUACAGGACAUCUUUGUAACGCCACUUGCGCAGUACCUCGCCGAUAUUAGCUACGCUCUCUAUCUCGUACACGGCCCCAUGUUGAGCCUCUUAUCGAAUCGUUGGAUGCCGAUUGUGUGGGCUUUCGUCGGCGGCAGAGACGAGGCCGGCGUGCUGGGACGACUGAUAGCCUGGAUCAUCGGAGCCUUAUUGAUGACGGUUCCAGUCGUUUGGGGCAGCGACGUAUUCUGGCGAACGGUUGAUGUCAAGAGCGUGGAGUUGGCGCGAUGGAUUGAGGAUCGUUGUACGCGAGACGAGUAGGCGACCGUGGCAUGACGGGUAAUUUUAUAUGUGCCGCACGCUGCGGACUGGCGUUUGGGUGGGUCAUUGGAUAGCGGAAUAGACAGGCA